UUGUAAACAAAAUAUGAAGUUCGGAUAGAUAAGCAUGUCAUCGUUAAAAUUUUCAUAUCAUUGAAGUUGAUCUAACCGUUACGUUUGGAAAACGCGAAGCUCUUGUCGCAGUUUGAUGUUUCCUUUUCCUUUGUUUCGGCGAAUGACAUGUGUGAUGUGAUAAUGGUAGAAGCUCGUGUGUUUGGCUGCAAGAUAGGUUCAUCUGAAUACAGUAAAGAAGCAUGAAAUUAAUUUAUUUCUAGCCGUAUUAUACAAAGUCAUUUUAGGAUCCGAACCUGAAAUGAGCGAGGAACUUCCAAAACUGAUUGGAGAACUCAUCAAUGCCUGCAAUGCCUCAGCUUCUCCAGAUAAAUUUUUGGGUCUUCUUUCCACCUUCACAGCAGAAGGUUGCGCUAAAGGACAUCAAGGAUCAAAACUACGAAUGGAGAUGGAAGCAUCUGAACCUGAAUUGUUCCGAUUCAAGCUUGACAAACUAGAGGAAAAAAAACUUACCAUCUUACCCAAGUAUUUGGAAAUGCUGGAAUACAUCAAACAAGACAAGAAAUUGUCAAAGGUCCUAGCAGGUGUUGCGGCUAAAGCUGCCCGUUCAGAAUCCUUCAGGUCUUCUUCAUCUGCCACAUUAGAUCUCACCUCAGCAGAGGAUGAAACGUUUUCAGUGUGUUCACAGACUCAAAGUAAAUUGAACGAAGUAGUUAACAAAAUUCAAGCUCGCAAGAGUGGGAAAGUUGAAACUCCAGAAGCUGAAAUUUUUUCUAGUCCACGAGAAAGGAGGCCCUUUUUAACGCAAGACUUUGUUUUUGGAAUGGAAUGUUUGAAUCCUUCAUUAUCUUUUGAUGACGUGCCUCCUCAGUCUCAAAAAUUUCAUCUUAUAUCAGAUGUCCUGUGGUGCAUGCUGGGUUGCAGUGGCAAAUAUAUAACUGUGAAUCCCAUCACAGAACCAUGGGAGUUACCUACUUUUGAUAUUCCAGAAAAUAUUGAUAUUUCAUCAAAAAAUCUCCUGAACCAAAUUUUGCCCAUGGCAGCUCACCAUUCUGUGAUCGCUCGGUUCUUAGCUGAGGUAAAGCAAUUGAGUGCUGGUCGCAUUAACCAAGCCCUGGCUGCAGCUAUUACUUUGCUCAUGACAGACUAUAAGGUCUUUGUGGUGCAAAUGGAAACUCUACUGAAUCAGCAGCAAUUGCAACUUGAAAAACUAUGGUAUUAUGUUUAUCCCGUCCUUCAUCCUGUGUCUAUUCUCUCCAAAAUAUCUCAGCAUAUGGGCAGUACGAAAACAUUCGGAGGCAAGACUCUUAGUGUUUUACACGAUGAGCUCUCAAUGACAACUUCAGACACUCAAUCUACCGAAAUCUGUUUGUACCUGUUGAAAAGUGCCUCCGUUCCAUUUUUUGUCUCCCUUGAAAAGUGGAUCAACAAAGGCAGAGUUUUUGAUCCAUUCAAUGAGUUUAUGAUAAUAGACAACAUAGAUAUUGAAAGUUGUUCCUUUAUGAACAAGGGUGAAUGCUACGAUGAGUAUUGGACAACAAGGUACAUGAUCCGAAAAGAUUUUGUACCUACCUUUCUGGAGAAAGUGGCAGAGAAAAUACUCCGUACUGGAAAAUAUCUCAACGUUAUCAGGCUGUGCAAAAAUAAGAAGGUAAAAGAAAUGCUUCCACCUCCAAUAGAAGGCCUAGCGUACGAAGCGACCAACAAAUCGUACUUGAAAGCUAUCGACACAGCUUAUGACUUCGCAAGCAGUGCCUUACUUAAGCUGGUUAUGGAAGAAUAUGACCUUGUCAACAGAAUCAAAACUGCAAAACGGUACUUCACGCUUGAGCAGGGUGAUUUUUUCGUUCUGCUGAUGGACUCAAGUGAGGCUGAGCUACUUAAACCCCUUGAUGAUGUCGAUCCCAAUCGGUUAGAACUGUUGUUAGAACUGUCGGUCCGUUUGUGCUCUGGUGCUAAGACGGACCCUUACAAAGAUGACAUUUGUAUGGUACUUCAUCGCUGCCAAUUUUAUUUCCAGCUUUUACGCAUUUUCAACAUCGGUAAUGAGCAAAAAGAAGCUGAGUUCCAAAAUAUGAAAGAACAAAAAAGUCAAACCGGCUUGGAGGCAUUUUCAAUAGGACUUAAAGUUAAAUGGCCUAUGUCACUUGUUUUCAACCAGCGAGUCCUCUACUUCUACCAGAUGAUCUUUCGAUUACUACUUGUUUGCAAACACAAUGAGAGACAACUGUGCAGAGUUUGGAUCUAUGAUAAAGGCGUAAAGAUGUUGGACAAACAAAGUCGGCAAGGAUACCAGAGGGCUUUUUCUUUACGGCGAAGGAUGUUAUUCUUCAUUCAAAACUUCACUUUUUAUAUUACGGAAGAAGUUAUCGAACCAAAUUUCAAUGUCUUCAUGGAAGAAUUAACACAGGCAAAGGAUAUCGACUGCGUCCUGCAGCUGCAUCUGCAGUACCUAGAAAAGUCAGCCAAUGAGUGCAUGUUAAUGAACCAACCUUUGCUGGAAAGUAUAAAGCUGAUCAUGUCCAAAUGCACGGAGUUCUGUGAUUUUAUCUUGAGUACGUGGAGUUAUUCAAUGGAGGCUGAACUGAACCCUCUUCUUAGUUCUGACUAUGAUAUCAAACCCUUUGUCCACCGAUUUGAGAAACAGCCAUCAUCAUCGAUGGAUGCUAACUUCAACAUUAAUGUCACUAGUUUUGAGGAAACCGUCAAGAAACUGGAUUCUGCGUUUAACCAGCUUUUAUUGGACUUUCUUGAUCUGAUCGAUGGAUUUGGGAAAGAAAAACAGUUUUGGAAAAUCUCCAAUGUUUUCUUGAGAGAGAACUUCAAUGGCUUUUACGCUGAAGAAUUAUCAAGAUUGAGAACUUCCCAAGCAGAUUAGUGAUUCAUAAGACUGAUCCAUCAUGAAAUUUGUUGUCCUCUAUGCUUCAUCACGGAUUAUGAUAAAACAGAGGAGAAGAACAUUAUACCUCGUCAGUAUUAUAAGCGUUUCAACAUCUCAGAUCUCUGCUUUUCAUUGUUUUAACUUUGAAGUGUUUUAUUCUCAGCCACAUGAACAGCAACUCAUCAUAGCAGUGAUAAAUUUACGGUAUGAAAAUGAAGGUUCCAGUGCUUUUCUUUGCGCUUAAGAGUACUAUUUUUUCUCGGUUGAAUAGCUGACGCCUAUUCUGAAAAGUCAUAAUGUUUAAUCGACGAUCCUUCAUUGCUAACUCCCUUCAUUUUUAAUUCUUUUAACCUUUUCGCGUUUGAGUCAGGGUAGUAACUUCUUGCUGUCUUUAAUUUAAAAAUUUUGUGUUAUAAAGAAGUGUGUGUGGUUUUGGAGUGGACAUAGAAAAAAAACUGAAGAUGCCAGUAGGCUGGUUGGUCUUUGGUCAAUCAAAAAAUUAGGGUGUUGCGUUACCUACUGACAGUGUGAGUUUUUUUUAUCCAUCCCCUCAUUUUAUUCCUGAAUCAAAACUAAUUUUCCGCCUUCUAAAAAAUUGUAAGUUAUUUGCUCUGAUGAAGCAUUUUCUAAAUGCAAGUAUGUGAAACUGCUUUUAUGAAUUAUUUUGUUCAAAUAUUGCUUCACAACUACACACAAAGAAUCCUCAAAACUCAAAAGUUACCCAUCCAAGUCUGAAGUUUUUUUUUUUUUUUUAAGUCUGUUGUUAUUAAUUUAAUUGGUUUAUUCAUUUUCUUUUUAAUUGAUUUUUAUUCUGUUUUAGUUGAAGUUGUUUUUAAAUUAAAUUAUGCACUCCUAACAGUUGUUUAUCAGAGACUUUUUCACUUAUUGAUUAUAUAACUUUCAUUUAUUAAUAUGUUUAGAUAGAAAUGUGUAAUCGGCACUCGGCACUUGCUUAGCUUGUCUCUAAAGUUACAUUUUAUUGUAUUCCUAUUCUCAAAAAUAGCUGAACAUUGUUGGAAGAGUAGCAAUAUUUAAAAAUAAAUAAAAUAAAUAAAAACUCCUUACCAUCCUGCCACAAAAAUUGUUUAUUUGCAACACCUAAGGUCUUUUGGCACUCAGUACCAUCAUCAAAAGCAUAACAAAACUUAACCACAGAGCUUUGUUUGUUGAUCUUUUUUAAUGUUUCUGUUGUCAAGUUUUGAUAUGCCUCUAAUGAUUGCACUAAGUGCUGAAAGACCUGAAGCGCUGUUAAUAAAACAAUUUUGCAGCAUGCUGGUGAACAAAUUUUAUUUUCUUUUGAUUUCAUUCUUAAAGAGAUUAUCAGAUCAAAUUUACCAUGCUACAAAAGUAUUUAGUUUCCUUAAAAAGUCUGUGCUACCAAUUCUGAAUUUCUGGGAGUGCAAAAUUUAUGUUAAAACAUUUUUUGGUAUAAUUUGUGUCAUUUUUCAGCUUAACUUUAUCAAAUGUUUAUGAUUUUAUAUUCAUUAAAGGUUUUAAGCGAUCAAUGAAUCUUCUGAACUUAAAAGGAUGUUAACCCAAAAAUUAAUUUUGAGCUCAUGCAAUGCUCCUUCAAAAUCAAUCAACAAAAAUAAGUGUAUGGGCAAAUGUAUAAAGGACUAAGACUCCACUUUAGAUAUUUUCAGCUCCUCAACUUUUAUUGUGCUUCCAUUGAAAAGUUUGGAGACUUAAAAGUUCCUCCUAAGCAUUCAGCUAUCGCAAUUUUAUUUCAAUUAUUAGAUCCCUCGAUAGUCCAUACAUUAACUGUGUGGAAACCUCCUAGAAAUUAAAGGAGAUAAAACCCAUCACAAAAACUCCUAUUAUACCCUAAAAUGUUUUUUUGUUUGCAUAUCAUAUUAGUAAGUAUAAUCUGUGUAGCCCUUUAAAAACAAUAAUGGUAUUAAAGAGCUAUGCAAAACCAGUUAUUACGUCCAUUAAAUAGUCAUUUCUUUGAUAAUCAAAAUUCUUUGGUAUUUAGUCAAAAAUUGUGUGGUGUCCUGUGAUUUUGUGCCAAAUAUUCCUCCUGCAGGAUUUUUUCUAGUUUAA